AUGGCUAUAAUAAAAAGGGGAGCGAGGAAUAAGACGGCCCAGCAGCCCGCCAAGAGGUCCGGACAGAUAAAGAAGGCUACAUUUGAGUCGAACAAGAAGAAAGAAGUGGGUGUGUCAGAUUUAACGCUGCUUUCAAAGAUCUCCGAUGAAUCCAUCAACGACAACCUUAAAAAGAGGUUUCAGAAUGGCACCAUUUACACAUACAUCGGACAUGUGCUUAUUAGUGUUAAUCCAUUCCGGGAUCUAGGUAUUUACACCGACAGCGUUCUAAAAAGCUACAUGGGCAAGAACAGGCUGGAGGUCCCACCUCAUGUAUUUGCAAUCGCAGAGUCCAUGUACUACAAUAUGAAAGCUUACAACGAGAAUCAGUGCGUCAUUAUUUCCGGAGAAUCAGGCGCAGGCAAGACAGAGGCUGCUAAGAGAAUCAUGCAAUACAUCGCUGCUGCGUCUAACACGCACUCUGAUUCCAUCGGAAAGAUCAAAGACAUGGUGUUAGCUACGAACCCCUUGCUAGAAUCCUUCGGUUGUGCAAAAACACUCCGUAACAACAAUUCUUCCCGCCACGGCAAGUACCUCGAGAUUCGCUUCAAUGCACAGUUCGAGCCAUGCGCUGGUAACAUCACGAAUUACCUUCUGGAGAAGCAGAGAGUUGUUGGUCAGCUUAAGGAUGAAAGAAAUUUCCAUAUUUUCUACCAAUUCACAAAGGGUGCCUCGGACAACUAUAGACAGCUCUUCGGGGUACAGAUGCCCGAACAAUACAUCUACACUUCAGCUUCCGGAUGCACAUCUGUCGACACGAUAGACGAUUUGAGUGAUUUCCAAGCUACUUUGAAAGCCAUGCAGGUGAUUGGGAUAACACAGCAAGAACAAGACGAAUUGUUUCGCUUGUUGUCAGCUAUCCUAUGGAUCGGUAAUAUUUCUUUUACAGAAAAUGAAGAGGGCAAUGCACAGGUUUGCGACACUUCUGUCACUGACUUUGUUGCUUACUUGCUACAAGUUGAUGCCCAUUUUUUGACACAAGCGCUUGUAGAAAGAGUCAUGGAAACCAACCAUGGUAUGAAAAGAGGCUCGGUAUACCAUGUUCCUUUGAAUGUUGUCCAAGCUACGGCAGUGAAAGACGCCUUGGCCAAAGCUAUCUACAAUAACCUUUUCGACUGGAUAGUAGAUCGAGUUAAUGUUUCUUUGCAAGCAUUCCCUGGCGCCAAUAAGUCUAUUGGUAUUCUUGAUAUUUAUGGCUUCGAAAUUUUUGACUACAACUCAUUCGAACAAAUCUGCAUAAACUAUGUUAAUGAGAAACUGCAGCAGAUUUUUAUCCAGCUGACUCUUAAAUCAGAGCAAGAGGAAUACGCCAGGGAACAAAUCCAAUGGACUCCUAUCAAAUACUUCGAUAACAGAGUCGUGUGUGACCUGAUAGAGGCUAGAAGGCCGCCAGGUAUAAUCGCAGCAAUGAACGAUUCAGUUGCUACAGCCCACGCCGACUCGAAUGCUGCGGAUCAAGCGUUUGCUCAGCGUUUGAAUCUAUUCAGUUCUAAUCCUCAUUUCGAACUCCGGUCAACGAAGUUCAUUAUCAAGCACUACGCAGGCGAUGUUACCUACGACAUUUUCGGCAUGACAGACAAAAACAAGGAUCAAUUACAAAAGGAUCUUGUAGAGCUUAUUGGAACCAGCUCUAAUACAUUCCUUUCUUCCAUUUUUCCUACUACUGUUGACAAAAACUCUAAAAGAAGACCGCCCUCUGCAGGUGACAAAAUCAUUAAGAGUGCAAAUGAACUAGUAGAAACAUUGUCAAAAGCCCAGCCAUCAUACAUUAGGACGAUCAAACCUAACCAAACAAAGUCACCAAACGACUAUGACGACCAUCAGGUCUUACAUCAAGUCAAGUACUUGGGGCUUCAGGAAAAUGUUCGCAUUAGGAGAGCAGGUUUUGCUUACAGACAAACUUUUGAUAAGUUCGUUGAGAGGUUCUAUUUGCUUUCUCCUCAGUGCUCUUACGCUGGUGAUUAUAUCUGGCAGGGCGAUACUCUUGAUGCUGUUAAGCUGAUUUUGAAGGACGCGUCCAUCCCACCUUCUGAGUAUCAGCUGGGUGUCAGCAAAGUUUUCAUCAAAACCCCUGAGUCGCUUUUUGCAUUGGAAACAAUGAGAGACAAAUACUGGUAUAACAUGGCAGCUAGGAUUCAAAGAGCUUGGAGGAGAUUCUUGCUAAGAAGAGUUGAUGCUGCGAGCAGGAUCCAGAGAGCAAUAAGAGAAAAGAAAGGUGGCAACAAGUAUGAAAAACUCAGGGAUUCUGGCACGAAGUUGUUAGCAGGAAGGAAAGAAAGAAGGUCAAUGUCGCUUCUGGGUUAUCGUGCCUUUAUGGGUGACUAUUUGUCAUGCAAUGAGCCAAAAGCUAAGGGUGCGUAUAUCAAAAGACAAGCAGGAAUCAACGAGAAAGUGAUUUUUUCUAUUAAUGGCGAGUCUCUACACUCAAAAUUUGGUCGGUCGGCAUUACGGCUCAGAAAGGCUUUCAUUCUAACUCCAUCCCACUUCUACGUUAUCGGUCAAAACGCAGUCCAAAAUCAAAUCACUUACACAGUUGAUUAUAAAAUUGACGUUAAGCAAAUCAAAUAUGUGAGUUUGACAAAUCUCCAGGAUGAUUGGGUUGGCAUUUUUGUUGCGAAUUCAACUUUGCCAGAUCCUUUGAUCAACACUUACUUCAAAACAGAACUUAUCACACACUUAAAAUCUCUAAACAAAGGGAUCGAAGUCAAGAUCGGUCCGACCCUGGAAUACCAAAAGAAACCUGGCAAGAUACACGUUGUGAAGUGCCAGAUUAGCGAGUCUGCUCCGAAAUAUGGAGACAUAUACAAAUCCAGCACAAUUUCAGUUCGCAAAGGACAUCCUGCUACAUCGAAAUCGCAUCCUAAACCUAAAAAGAAGAGCACUUAUCAAGACUACGCUCCACAACACCGGACAUCUACUUCAAUUGGACAGCCAUCAAUACCGACUGCGACUCGCAGCACGGUUGUACCAACGACUGGCAAACAAGCUCCUGCAAAGCCUCCAGCCCCAAAAAUCCGUCAAAAGAAGCCCGCUCCUCCACCUCCCGCCAAAAAACAAUCCCAGCCAGCCCCUUCUUCGAAUGUUGCUAACAUAGCUGCAACCGCCGCACAGGCUGCAUAUCACCCCCAGCCAGCAGUUCAUAAUUCUGAGCAGGAAGCGGGAGUUAAUCACGGCACGCCACCACGUCAAACACCUAUGGGGGCCUCGCAAGGGUCUCGUAGUCGACAAGAACCAAAGUCAAACUUUGCUACGGCAAGUUCGCCAGCAAAGUCUGCUGUGCCACCACCUCCACCACCACCACCACCAGCAUCGAAACCUUCUGUGCCCAAGUUUGAAGCAGCGUAUGACUUCGUCGGGACGGGCUCACCUUCUGAGCUACCGCUCAGUAAAGGUGAUAUCGUGUACAUCUCAAGACAAGAACCUAGCGGCUGGUCUCUUGCUAAAACGCUUGACGGGGCCAAAGAAGGUUGGGUUCCUACUUCUUACAUGACGGAGCAUAAAGGUACAGCACAUGCAGUGUCUAGUUCGAGACCUAGUCAAAGUACGCAACCAGGAGUUUCAAGCAGUACUGAAAAUUCUGCAUCUACAGCAACUUCUGCCACUUUUACUGCACACUCUUCAGGUCCAGAUCAAAAUUCAAUUUCCAACGCUUCUAGUAAUCCACUAGCAUCGGCGCUUGCUGCAAGAGCAAACAAGGUGCGCCAGGAUAGCGAUGAAGAAGAAGCCGAAGCAUCAGAAGACGACUGGUAG